AGUUGUGACGCUAUGCAUUUUAACGAAAGAUGCUAGUAAAAUUUCUCCUUCUUAUCGGCGAAGUGAUCGUGUGUGGAAGAUGGAGUUUUGUCCUACAUGUGGGAAUCUGUUGCGUUACGAGGGAAGUGGGAACUCGAGAUUCUUCUGUUCCACAUGUCCAUACGUCGCCUACAUCGAAAGACAGGUGGAGAUAAAGAAGAAGCAACUUCUGGUUAAGAAAUCUAUAGAACCUGUUGUGACUAAAGAUGAUAUACCCACAGCCGCUGAAACUGAAGCUCCAUGUCCAAGGUGCGGGCACGACAAGGCAUACUUCAAAUCAAUGCAGAUUCGUUCAGCGGAUGAGCCAGAAUCAAGAUUUUAUAGAUGCUUGAAGUGCGAGUUCACUUGGCGUGAGGAAUGAAUAAUGAUGAUGAUCACCUCCCCCUAUUGCAAAUUUUGCAGAUCCUCUGUUAUGUACUCUGCUUCUUUGUGUCCUUAGCUCACGAGUUUCUGUAAUUUUUCGAAUUUUUGAUCCAAUAUCCAAGUAACAGGAAUUCAAUGUGUGCAAAGCAUUCAGCUUUGGUAGAACAAUAAGUAAAUUUCUCUUUUUUGA